UUCGUUAUCUUAUCGGUACCAAUGUCCGUACUUGUACAUUUUACAAAACUAAAAUAAUCGAUCCUUCCAAAGUUGAAAAUAAACUGUGACGUCUAUAAUCAUAUGGAAUCAUACCUACUAUAAGAUACGUUGCAUUGAACCAUAGAGUGCAAUUUCGUUUUCCCUGUACUUUGUUUAUGCACUCAGAACGUCUGUCUGGGAUUGCCCGCCCUGCGACUUUAGUCAUGCUUUCGUAUUUUUAGUCCUUACGGAGUCUUCGUUAAAUUGUGUUCAUUACUGAAGAAACCUUCGACGAUAACACUUGGCCCUACAAAUUCUACUUCAACCAUUCCUGGGCUUUCACUUGCACCAACAAGUCUACGAGACAGUCAAGCAAUCUCUUCCCUGCUCUCGGUCCGGUUUCGGAGUAACCCGCCGCGACCUGUCCCUUGCACUCCAUGAACAGGAUCCACUGGAUAAUAGUUUACAUGUUCAUAAUCAAUUUUUGUGUAACUGCAAAAGGUGGACGCGGUAGUGGGGGAGGAGGGUCACGAGGUGGCGGGCGGUCACGUGGAGGAGGAGGACGAUUUCGUGCCCAUUCGCCUGGAGGGUCUCUUAGUGGAUCUCGAAGCAGAUUACGUGCAGGAUCGCGUGUGCUUAUUUUUGGAAGACCUAUUGCAGGGUCACAUGGAGAAGAUUAUUAUGAGUCGCAUGAAGAAUCGCAUACUCAAGAGCCCCCUUCCUAUUCUCAUCUGACUAAAAGCCUUACCCAUUUCACGUACCAUCCACCCGACUACAUAAACUUCACAUGUCACAACUGCUCUUCCUCUGUACUUUAUCCAGUUUACAAGCCGAUGCUACCGACUUAUGUGUUCGCUUGCAAAGAAUCUCGCAGUAGAUACAGGGACGUACUCGCGGGCCUCUGUCUGUACAACCUAGCUCGUACCACUUUAACUGUCGGGAACUAUUCGCGUCACUACAUGCCUCGAUCCAGUGAAAGUUGUUCUCUUCAAAUCAUCGAAUUUUCACACUUUGAAGAAAUGGAAUUUCCGUGUUUCAUGAUCUCAACAUUUAUUGAACCAGCUCCAACGACGAAUGUGAACGAUUCUAGUCUGAUUGACAUAACGUUGUUACAGAUUGAUGUGUCGCCAUUUCUAAUGGAUAAUAAUUCUGCUAUAGAAGUGACUAAUGAGCAAGAGUGCGUGAUAUGGUACAACUUAACAAUUGUUAAAGAGGCACGAGUACAUCAUUUUUCUUGCGCGUUGUUGAAGGAGUAUGCGAAUAGUUUGACAGAAUCGGGCAUACCUGCUUACAUAUGGCUACCCGUACUAGUGCUUAGUGUUAUGGUAUCUUGUAUUGGUUGUGUGUGGUACCGCGAAAAAAGGUCAAAGAAGAUAAUAAGGAGUACGAAUCUGUCCAGGACAACGGUCUUCUAAAAUAUAAUUCUAAAGAAGGUGAUAAAUGAAUCUUUUGACGUAUUAGAAAGGAAAAAUCGCCAGUAAAUAAACUGUUGUAGAAAAUCUACCAGAUUACAUUUAAACGUUAUGUAUGUUUUCUUAAGAAACCUUCGGGAUUAAGAAUACUCUUACGCCAGCGGUAUAUUCUAGUCACUAAAACUUUUUGUAACCGAUUUUCUGGUAGUUUAUAUAGAACACUAUGUUAUACCUAAGCGUACCUAUAAUAUUUGAGGCUUUUAUGUUAUAAGUCGGAAUAAUGUGUAAGAACAACAUUAUUAUUUUGUUUUCUCUUAAAUAGUAAAAUAAUAUGGCAGCUGUUGGUAUGGCUAUGAAAAAUAUGUGGAAUGAAUUUAUAAUUUUCCUCUUCUGCCACUCCAGCCUGAAAAAAAUUAUGUAAAAAAAAAAUACUUAAGACUAUUACUCAUAUGAUAAAUUACUUAAUUUUAAUGACUUAUAUUUAUCUAUACAUAUAAUAAAAUGAUAAGAAAGUCAAAA